UAAAAAACUGGAGAUCGAAUACGGCAAGGGGAAACCAAAGAUGCGAUUCGGCAAUCUACCAGUACCGAUGGAAAUCGAACACAAACACCGGCCGCAAAGAUAGUAGCAAAAAGCGGGGCAAGAAUCCUAGCAAGAUCCAUGGUGGCCGUGGAGAUAGAACAAACUGAAGCGACAAAACCAACAUUGGACGGCCGCCCCUGGAUGAUAGAACCAGCAACCAACCGCACACCAGGACCGACACCAGGAAGAGCCCUCAUGCCUGGCGACCGAACAACAGUAUGGGUCAUGAUGACAAACCUGGAAAACAGAUCAGUUUACAUCCACAAGAAAAUGGUACUAGGACACAGAACCGAAGUGGCGGGAAUAGGCACAGAAAUAGAUGCCACAGGCAGAGCCAACGGACCCAGAACAUUAAACACCGAGCUGGAAAAAGGCACCACAAAUAUCCUUGACUUCACACCCAGCAUAAACCAGGAGCUUCCGGCAGAGGAGAGGAAGGAGUUCAAGGAAACACUACGAGACAACACCGACUGUUUCGCGAGGGAAGGCGAGCGACUAGGACGUUGCAACGUCGAAAUCCAGCUAACACCCAACGCCAGACCCAUCUACCAGACCCAACGCCCGGCGUCGUGGAAGGAACAAGCCAUCCACAGAGAACUGACACUGGACAUGCUGAAGAAAGGCGUGAUUGAAGAAGCCACCGGGCCAUGGAGCGCGAGGACACUAUUGAUUCAAAAAAGGAUGGAAGCUGGAGAUUUUGCAUUGACUUCCACCCAUUGAACAAU